AUGCUUCGUUCAAGGAUUGUUUGUUAUCCAUGCUACAUUGACUCUACAACAAAAGAAUUCGAUGGAAGAAAAAUUUCCAAAGAAUUAUGUGUUGAAAAGCCAACAAUUAAGGAAUUAAUCCUUGCAUUUAAGGAUUGCGGAUUCACAGGAAAGGAAGAAGCAGACAAAACGCAUCCCCGCGACUUCUUCAGAUCAGGACGCGUUUCAAUCGAUUUUUAUUCUAUUAACGAAGAAACAAAAAAGAAAACAUUACUUAAUCCAAAUUAUAAAAACAGAAAAUCCAUUUAUGCUGCUUUAGCUGCAAAAAUAAAGGAAAAUAGAGCAAAUAAUCGCACAAGCGAAGUUCAACAGCCUUCCAAGAAGAAUAAGAAGAAAUAA